GAGCAGCGUGUCUCGUACUACCGCUUAAAGCAAACACACACAGAGAAGAUGAACGCGCCGCCGGCCUUCGAGUCCUUUUUAUUGUUUGAGGGCGAGAAAAAAAUUACAAUAACAAAGGACACCAAGGUUCCCAAUGCUUGUUUAUUCACGCUGAAUAAAGAAGACCACACGCUGGGAAACAUCAUCAGAUCACAGCUGCUGAAGGACCCUCAGGUGUUGUUUGCUGGGUACAAGGUUCCCCAUCCGCUGGAGCACAAGAUUGUGAUUCGGGUCCAGACGACGCCGGACUACAGUCCUCAGGAAGCCUUUACGAACGCCAUCACCGAUCUGAUCAGCGAGCUGUCGCUGCUGGAGGAGAGGUUCAGGGUUGCCAUCAAAGACAAGCAGGAAGGAAUUGAAUGAAGGAUACAGCUGUGUCAAACUAUGGAUGCCCCACUGACGACUCCUCCAACCUCCUCUAGGAGCUUAAACUGUUCAGUUUGUCUUUUUCAGCUUGGGACUUUUCCUGCUAAAGUUAAACAUUCUCCCCAUUCCAGUCCAAGAAACCCCCACCUCAGACUGUUGAAUCUGUCUGUGAAGUCAUCUUCAGUUUGUAUAUUACAGUGUUGAGAGAAUUUUGAUUUAAACCCUUUGUAUCGUGAUGCUAUAGUGAUGUUUUUCGUUGACGUACAUGUCUGGUCUGUGCAUAAACUUUUGCAGUGAAACAAAUCCAUUAUAUGUAAUUUUUUUUGUCAUGAAUAAAUGUAAUUUU